UGGAAGUGGAUUGAAGUACGUUUCAGUCUACUGUUAGAUAUAUAUCCCAUUUCGAAGCAUUGGUGUUUUUAUUUAGUUCCCAGAAAUUCGUUCGCUCGACACUCGAUAAAAAGUUUUGGUUUUUGGUUUUUGUUUGGAAUUCGGUUGCGCUUUUGCCAAGAAUACGAUGGCCAGUGCUCAAGGGAAAGGCGGCGUGGAGGAGAACCCCAAGAAGGAGCAGAAGCAGCAGGAUAAGCCGAAGGAGCAGACCAAUGGUGAGAAGGAAAAGGACACCACCAAUGGGCCGGCGGCAGCAUGCCCGCGACACGGCCGCCAUCCACUGGAGAACGUGUGGACCCUGUGGUACUUGGAGAACGAUCGCAGCAAGCACUGGAAGGACAUGCUCACCGAAGUCGCGAAGAUCGACAGCGUGGAGACCUUCUGGAGCCUGUACUACACCAUCCGGCCGCCAUCGGAGCUGAAGGUCGGAUGCGACUACUCCAUGUUCAAGCUGGGCAUCAAACCCAUGUGGGAGGACGAUGCCAACAGCAAGGGCGGCCGCUGGCUGAUCAGCGUCAACAAGAACUCCAAGGCGGAACUGGAUCGCCUCUGGCUGGAGAUACUCCUCAUGAUGACGGCGCGCAUCUUCGACAACUCCGAGGAGAUCUGCGGGGCAGUUAUCAAUAUUCGAUCCAAAAACAAUAAGAUCUCCGUUUGGACUGCCAACGGGUGCAACGAAGCAGCCAUUCUGGAGAUCGGCCAGAAGCUGAAGCUGUUCCUCCGUCUGCAGUCGAACAAUCUGCAGUACCAGCUGCACUCGGACGCCAUGUGCAAGUCCAAUUCGAGCGUCAAGUCGAUCUACACCGUCUAAGAGAAGACGACACUCAGAUAUCUUUCGAUGUAAGGGCCAAAAUUGUUAGCGAGACUUAAGUAUUACAAAUUAAACGAAGAACUGCCAGAAAAUUGUGUAAAAGUAAUCUUGUUUUAUUAUGAAAUCUAAUAUUUUUUUGUAAAAUUUACUCAGUAAACAUUCACAGCUUGUUGCAGUGUGUGUUGCAGUGUGUCGUGUGGCAAUAAAGCCGACCGAUCGGUCGAUCAAUUGAUGGAAAAUCGGAGAUCGAUCUUCAGACACUACUCUACGAUUGUGUGGUGACACUGAAACGAUUACGGGUUUACAUGUACGCAUCUCUCUCUUUCUCGAGAGAGAGAGAGAGAGAGGGAGGGAUAACUAUUUACAGUUGGAUCAUAUAAUCGGUCAUAAUCAUAAUCAUAUUCGAUACUCGAUAUUCGAUAUUCGAUGGUCGAUGGUGAGUGGCGGCAAACGCUUCAACAUUUGCCAUCUGUUGCUCAUCGACAAGCAACAAACUUAACGAUACAUAUGUUCUACGAUCUAAACAAUUUAAACGAAA